AUGAGCAGUCCGUCGUUGUCGAAAAUUGUCCCCAAUAACGAGGGGUGGUACGAAUCCAGGAGUUUAGCAGAUAAAUUGUCAAGUGGUCAUGGUGAGGAACCAAUAUUGCAACUCGAACAAGUGCAAAGCUCGGAGUCGGAGUCGUUCGAUCACCAACGUGGAAAUCGUCGAUCGUCGUUUUCAACGGACCCUUCCAGAUCUCCACUGUUGGGUGACACCCGCGUUACUCAGCGCUCGCAGUCAGCGGUGCAUCCUGCUGCAAAGAAGACAGCACAGCUCGAUUCUAUUCAACAGUCAGUAGGAGUGGUUCCUGAUGAAGUGAAGACGACCCAACUUGACGCGCAUCUGAGUUCUGCUCGAGGAGCUGUCGGAAGUGCAGUGAGCCUUGAGGUUACCCCCACUGUGACUCCCUCCAAUGCACGCCAUUGGAUCUACUCUGGUAGUCACUUCUUCUCUACAGAUUCCAUUGUUCCUCAUAUUCAACUCCCGAAAAUACUAUUCAAUGCAGGAAUACUGAGCUAUCUAGGGUUCACAAUCAAAUUGCUUUGGAAGCUCGCGAAAAUGUUUCCUGGUCAGCCACAUGCUGUUACCAUUGGGUUUGUCGUUCCCAGUGUCGCAACGUUUAUCUUUGUCCAGUACUAUUCUCCGGAACGAGUACAAGCUCCAAAGGAAAGGAAUGCCGUCCUGAAAGUUGCUGUGGAUGCGAUAAUCUUAGCGGGUGCCUUCAUAUGUACUUUCAUUGUAUGGUGGAUGCUAUCUAUGGUAGGAGAGUUGAUAGCAGUGAUGUUUGUAGCAUUUCACUUCGGAACUUUCCAGCGGAGAAAUUGGAGUAAUGGGCUAGUCGGUCUCAAAAUUCUCUAA